UUCCUCAUUCAAUUUCUUUGCCACAACCACCAAGAGAAAUCCAGCACCCCAGAACACAUUCUUUGGUAGAACCCAAGAUGGAGGCCAGAAAUUGUGUUCUUGCCACAAUGGCAUUGUUAAUAUUAGUGGUAGCAGUAAAUGGAGGUGAUGAUCAACCAUCUUCGGUAAAGCCAUUGGUGAAGAUUGUGAAGGGCAAGAAGGUGUGCGACAAGGGAUGGGAGUGUAAAGGCUUGUCUGCAUAUUGCUGCAACGACACUAUUUCUGAUUAUUUCCAGACCUACCAGUUUGAGAACUUGUUUGCAAAGCGUAACACGCCUGUAGCUCAUGCUGUUGGAUUUUGGGACUACCAUUCUUUUAUAACUGCUGCUGCAGUUUACCAGCCUCAUGGGUUUGGUACCACUGGAGGAAAACUCACGGGUCAGAAGGAAGUUGCUGCUUUCCUUGGGCAUGUGGGCAGCAAAACUUCAUGUGGCUAUGGAGUGGCUACGGGAGGACCAUUAGCCUGGGGCUUAUGCUACAACAAAGAAAUGAGCCCCAGCCAAUCGUACUGUGAUGACUAUUAUAAGUACACCUAUCCAUGCACUCCUGGAGUUUCGUACCACGGCAGAGGUGCCCUGCCUAUCUAUUGGAACUACAACUAUGGCAAGGCUGGGGAAGCCCUGAAGAUUGAUUUGCUGAAUCAUCCAGAAUAUAUUGAAAACAAUGCCACCCUAGCCUUCCAGGCUGCAAUUUGGAAGUGGAUGACUCCAGAAAAGAAGAAUCAACCAUCAGCUCAUGAUGUAUUCGUGGGCAACUGGAAGCCUACAAAGAACGACACUUUAUCCAAGAGGGUACCUGGCUUUGGCAUCACCAUGAAUGUUCUUUAUGGAGAUCAGGUUUGUGGGAAAGGCGACGACGAAUCAAUGAACAAUAUCGUCUCUCACUACCUAUAUUACCUUGACCUGCUGGGUGUUGGCAGAGAGGAGGCAGGGCCUCAUGAAGUGCUUAGCUGCGCCGAACAGGUCCCUUUCAAUCAAGCUUCUUCCUCUUCAUCAUCUUCUUGAGUGAUCGUAAAUAUUAUGUAGCCUGUCCAUGUUGAGUAGUUCCUCUGAAAGUGAAAAGAUUUUAAUAAGGGACAGGACAGGUAUAGUUUUGAGGGUGUAUAAGUUUCUGAUGACAAGAAAGAAUAUGUUCAGUUCUUGUUUGGUUUGAAUCUGCUAUGCUCAGGCGUAAAUUGAAACACUUGUGCCCUUCGUUUUUUACGUGCAAACCUUAAAUUUUGUUAUGCUUGAAACUUGUAUAUAUCAUGUGUUCUGAUCAUCAACAUUUAUUCACUACUA